UUAGUCCCGCACAGUCCCGCAGGCCCCCAAACCCAAACAACAAAAUCAAGCGGUUUACGGCUGGUUACUGUUACUGCAUAGUGCUAUUGUUUACGUCGGCUGCUGCGGCGAAAGUUUGUUUACAAGGCAAUAAUUAAGCCGUAAAAAUUAAUUUCUACAGAGAAGACAGUUUGAAAAACAUGGAUUACGAUUUCAAAUUAAAAACUGCGAACGAGCGGGCCAAAGUUGAGGACCUGUUUGACUAUGAAGGAUGCAAAGUUGGAAGAGGUACCUAUGGCCAUGUGUAUAAAGCAAGGAGAAAAGACUGUAGUGACAGUAGAGAUUACGCCUUGAAACAAAUCGAGGGCACUGGAUUGUCAAUGUCUGCGUGCAGAGAGAUUGCACUUCUCAGGGAGCUGAAGCAUUCUAAUGUGAUCAACCUGAUCAGAGUGUUCCUUUCACACAAUGAUAGAAAAGUUUGGCUUUUGUUUGAUUACGCUGAGCAUGACCUCUGGCACAUAAUCAAAUUUCACCGAGCAGCGAAAGCAAACAAGAAGCCUGUAAUGGUUCCAAAAGGGAUGGUGAAGUCGCUUCUCUAUCAAAUUUUAGAUGGAAUCCACUACCUUCACACAAAUUGGGUCCUUCACAGAGACUUGAAACCAGCAAACAUUUUGGUCAUGGGGGAAGGCAUAGAACGAGGACGAGUGAAAAUUGCUGACAUGGGUUUUGCCAGACUGUUCAACGCACCACUGAAACCUCUGGCUGACCUUGACCCUGUGGUGGUCACCUUUUGGUAUCGAGCACCUGAGCUUUUGUUAGGCGCGAGGCAUUACACAAAAGCCAUUGAUAUCUGGGCCAUUGGUUGCAUUUUCGCAGAGUUGUUGACAUCUGAGCCAAUAUUCCAUUGUAGGCAAGAGGAUAUCAAAACUUCUAAUCCAUACCAUCAUGAUCAGCUUGACAGAAUAUUCAAUGUCAUGGGCUUCCCACAAGAGAGAGAUUGGGAGGAUAUUAGAAAAAUGCCCGAGCACCCAACUCUAAUGAAGGACUUCAAGCGAUCGAGUUACCAAAAUUGCUCUUUGGUGAAGUAUAUGGAGAGACACAAGAUCAAACCUGACAGCAGAGCAUUCCACUUGCUGCAAAAAUUGUUGUUGAUGGACCCAACAAAGAGAAUCACAUCUGAACAAGCUAUGCAAGACGUCUACUUCUCUGAAGAUCCUCUACCCACUCAAGAUGUUUUUGCUGGUUGCGCUAUCCCAUAUCCAAAAAGAGAGUUCUUGACGGAUGACGACCAAGAUGACAAAAACGACGCCAAUAAAAUGUCGCGGCAGAACCCAGCAGCCAGCCAAGGAGCAGACUCGAUAAACCAUAGCAAUCCAGUGAAAAGGGUACGUCUUGCCCCACCACAGAACCAGCAACAGGGCGGCGGGGGAGGAAGUGGGCAGCCCCCUGAAUUCCACCAUGUGCAGCAGCAGAACCAGCAGGGUAAUCCGCAGUCUGGUCAAAACGUCAUGUUUCCUGGACAGCAACAGCAAAACCAGUUUGGACAGAGGUUUUGAUUGGUUUAAAACGAAAUAGACCGUUCAAUAAAUUACUUGUGUAUCUA